CGCCGAUUUGACUCUCGCGAUCACAAGCCCUUCACCCGAAGGGUCAUCGCUCAUCUCUCCUCCUUCUCCUCGCCUACGGCACCCUCCACACACACAUCACAAUAAUCCCAGCCAUGUCUACCGAAGUAGCAAGAUCUUCUGCGUCGUCCUCUCGCGGCAGAGGCGGCGGCCGUGGCGGCAGAGGUGGCUUCGGCGGGCGCAGCGCGAACCCCAGACGGCCCAAUGGCGAAAAGUCUGCCGAUGCUUUUGACGACGACGACGAUGUCAGCCAGCUGCGCAAGCAGUACGGAUCCAAGCUCGACACCAUCAAGGAGCUCUUCCCAGACUGGUCGGAUGCCGACAUCCUUUACGCGCUGCAAGAGACCGAUGGCGAUAUCGAGCUAGCUGCGACACGUAUCAGCGAGGGUUCCAUCUCUCAGUGGGGUGAGGUAUCCAAGCCUAAGAAGUCGAGCGCCAAAGCAAAGGACUCUGCUGCCCACGCCACCGCGAACGAUAACUCCGGCAGCAGACCUGCGCGUGGUGGAAGAGUUGACAGUGGACGGGGUGGGCGUGGGCGCGGCGCUGGCGCUGAGCGUGCUCGUGGCGCAGGCAGAGGCCGUGCUGGUUCGCAGGCCGUAACUGCCAAUGGUCAUCAGCCCAAGGAGCAGUUGUCUGUCCCCACCGAUGAGGCCUGGGACACUGCUGCGACCUCCGCUGCGGAGUCCACCGGGACUGAUUCGUGGGCAAACGCGGCAGCUGGUGCUUCAGCCGCGCCCAAGGCUGCGACCUCGACGGCUAGCACGGCGACCAAACAGACCAAGGCUCCUGCUGCAAACGUCGCUCCCGAAGUCGCUGCCCCAAAGCCCGCUGCCCCUGCUGUCAAGACUUGGGCCAGCAUGCUGCGUCAACCUACAGCCCCCAAGCCCGCCCCCAAGCCAAAGGAGACCCCUGCUGCUCCUCAACCUACCGAACCUACCACUACACUCCCCCCCACCGAAGCGCCCGCCCCGGAACCCGUUGCCGAACCAACAGCCGAACCCGAACCUGUCCCUGAGCAGGCAGAGGUCGCUGAGGAGCCAAAGGUUGUCGAGCCCGAAGUUGCCCUGCCGCCUCCGGAAGACACCUUGACCAAGGUCAAUCUUGAGCUUUUGCCCGACGAAUCGAAGCCAUUGGCCACCGCAACUGUUGCCAGCACCACAGCGGACUCUUGGGACCCUCGACAGCAGGCCCAGACGAGCGCCGUCGCCACGCCUCUGUCCGCAUCGCAAGCACAACAUCAAGCUGCCCGGCCUGCCGCCAGUGGUUUCGCCGCUUCAGCUCUCAAAGCGACUGAUCGCCCCGCGCAGCGCAUGCCGAGCUAUCAGCGCCGUCUUCUGGAGCAGGAAGAAGCUGUCCGCAUGCCCGGCAACCGUGAGGUAGACCGCACCGCCGUCCAGUUUGGAGCUUUCAACAUUGGAGAGUCCGAGGAGGAUAUUGAUGGAGACCGUGAAGAGCCUGAGACGAGAACUCAGCCACCGCAAGAGUCCCCAUCGGCGCCUCGUGCUGCCUUGCCACCAGUGGCGCAACCUACUCCCGGGGCCGACUCUUUUGCCUCGGCCCAGAAGGCUCCCGGCGUUGCAGUUGCGACCCCGAUUACAGCCCCAACUGGCCCUGUUGGAUCCGCCUCCCAGACGCCUCAAGCGCCUGGCGCCAGCCAGCAGUUCAGACAGCAAUUCCAACAGACGACUGCUCAGGAACCCGCGGGCUUCCAACAAAAGCCCUACGACAGCUUCGCCCAGCAGAACCCUGUCACCACAUCUGCCGGAUUCGACAGCUUCCCCGCCGCGACGACUCAGGCACCUGGACCCCAGGGUGCUUUCGGCUCUGCUCCUGGCGAUUACUCCUCAUACUACAAUGCUGAGCAAUCUGGACGCAAUGCCUACAAUAACUACUAUGCCCAGCAUUAUGGCCAGCAGGGCGGGAGCCAGCACGAGGGGCACGGCUCUCACCGCGGCUUUGGGGCUUACGGCGCGAGCCAGGCCGACAACAUCAGCCAGUACCCGCAGAGCGGCACCCAGCCGUCGCGCUUCGGCGCCGCGGCUGCUUCGAGCGACUCCCAGAACAGUGGGCACAAUACCCCGAACCCGACAACACAGAGCCAGCACCAGUCUGGCAGCCAAAACAGCCAGCCUCAGUCCAACAUCCACCAGCAGCCCCAUGGCAACCACUACGGCCAGCACCCCUACUACACCAGCCCCUACUAUGCUCAGUAUAUGAACCAGGCAUAUGGCGGCUAUGGCCAGGGUUACGGCGGCGCUCCGUACAGCAAGGGUGGCGGCUACGGCCAGCCCCAUCAGUACGGUAUGAGCCCUCAGGGUCCUUACGACCACAGCAGCUCCCCAGCGACGAGCGGAUUUGGUGGGCAGUCCUCGGUCAGUGGCCGUGACAGUGGCCUUGGUUCGAGCGUCGACAACUACGGCCGUGGCGGCUCAAGCCAGGCCGGUGGUCAGGGUGGCUUUGGUGGCAGCAGUUUUGGUGGCAGCCACGACACGUUCGGACGCGGAGCUGGCUAUCCUCAAUCCGGACAAGGCUUCGCCGCUCCCAACGCUGGGGCCACGGGCGCAGCAUCUGGAGCUGACGACUUGAAGCCGUACGGUGUUGAGUCGAAGGCGGGCGCUGGUCCAAGCCCUUCGCUCUCUGGUGCCGCACGCCCUGGCUCUGCAACCAACACGCCCGGCGCUCCCGGCCUCCCUCCGGUGCAAUCCAGCCAGCAGGGUGCCGGUGGCUACGGUGGCUACCCUGGGCAUGGCCAGCAGAGCCACGGCCUGCAUGGCGGCCAGACCGGCAACAGCGCGUACGGCCUCGGCGGCUCUGGCGGUCAAGGUCAGGGAAACAACCCCUAUGGCGGCGGCUAUGGUGGCUCCCAGGGCUUUGGCAACUACUACGGCGGUCGCCAGCAGCACCAGGGUGGCUGGGGUGGCAACUACCACUAAUACUUUUGAAGCAUGCGCCAGCACAGAUCCGCGUACGGUUCUGGCAUGCUUGUAAUGAUGGUUGCGAGGACAUGAGCUUCCGAGGCAUAUGGGAUGCUCGCAAUCC